AUGGCAAUUCAAUUCAUAUUAUGUUUCAACAAGCAGGGAGUGGUUCGACUGGUGAGGUACUUCGAGAGAUACCAAAUGGACUCUCAAAAGACCCAGGAUAUGAUCGUACAGAUAUACAGGCUUAUAUCAUCUCGAGAUCAUAGACAUCAGAGCAAUUUCGUAGAACUUUCAGAGUCCACCAAACUUGUAUACAAGAGAUACGCUGGCUUAUACUUUGUCAUGGGUAUAGAUCUGCAAGAUGAGGAAUCGAUAUAUCUAUCACAAAUCCAUCUGUUUGUCGAAGUGCUGGAUGCGUUCUAUGGGAACGUGUGUGAGUUGGAUAUUGUAUUCCACUUUUACAGAGCCUACAUGGUGAUGGAUGAGAUGUUUUUAGGCGGUGAAAUACAGGAGAUAUCGAAAGACCUUCUACUGGAAAGAUUUAGUAUUCUAGAUAGACUCGAUUAA